AUGAUUGAUUCAAGUACGGAAACUGAUCAACAAUUGAACAUUCAACAACAACAACUUAACAAUCUGUUGGAUGAAUAUAGAAAAGAUCAAAGCAUAAAAUAUGAACAGGAAAUUAAACGAAAACAAAUUGAACUGGAAAGAAUUCAGAUUAAUUAUGAUAAAUUACUCGGGGAGUUCAUUCAAUCUCAGUCAACUUUUGAGCAGAUACAUGUUGAACUUAAAAGUCAGUUAAAUAAUGAACGAUUAGCAAAUGAAGAAAAAUUAAAUUUAAAACAAGAAGAAUUAGAAAAUCAUUUCAAAAAUGAAUUACAAUCAAUGAAACAACAUUAUGAAAUGAUAAAAUCAAAAGAAUUCGGUGAAUUUAUACUUGCACAGAAUAUUUUAAAAUCUAAAAUACAUGAAUUACAUCAACGUUUAUUAGGAUGCUCUUGUGAAUCAUCAUCCACCGUAUUGAAACAGGUAAAAAGCAACAAAUUAUCAGCAACUAGUCAAUUAUUGCCAGAGAUUAUUGGUGUGAAUAAACAAAAUGCUAUUUUUGAUACUUUAUCGACCUCUGCCUCUUUAUCACCAUCAUCAUCAUCAGCAUUGACAACAGGAGCACUACUAUCAGAAUCGAAAUGCAGUUAUAAUAAUCAUGACUACCACUUACUAUUGUCUCAUCACCUACCAUUACAACUUGAAAAAGAUUAUCAUUCUAUAAAUGAAAGAAGUGAAGAGAAAUUUCGUUUGCCUGCAUUAACUACUUAAAUAAUACUAAACGAAAUGAAGUGAAAGUAGUGAAUUUGAAAAAAAGUUUACAAACAAAGCAAAAUAGUUGAAUUUAUAGUGUGUGUGUGUGUGUGUGUGAUGGAGAAAUACAAG